UAUCCCAAAAUUUGUCAGGCGCGGCAUCAAGUAAAGAGUAUCUACGCAAAAUGAGGCUGCUGACGUGUAUCCUGAUCGCCUUGGCGUUCGUUGCAAUCUAUGCGGAUGAGCCCGAGAAGUUGGUAAAUGGAACACCCACCACCAUCAAGGAAUGGCCGCAUGCCAUCUCCCUCAGAUUGAACAACCAACAUUCGUGCGGCGGUAGUAUAAUUAGUUCGAAAUGUAUCCUCACAGCCGCGCAUUGCGUAGAGCCUUUCAAGAGUACACGAGGCUUAACCGUUGUCAGUGGAACAACUUAUCUCAACAGCGGCGGAGUACAUCACGAGAUCGCGGAACUGAAGGCUCAUGAAGGCUACGGUGAAGAUGGCAGUCAUGACAUCGGUUUGAUAAAGCUAUCCCAGCCCAUCAAGUUCGACGAAAAUACACAACCAAUCAAACUUCCAACGUCAGAUAUAGAGAAAGGAGACGGCGUUACGCUCGUAGCCUGGGGUUCCAAGGGUUUCCUGCGACCCAUACACAACGAUUUGCAAAAAAUUGAGGCGAAUUGCAUGCCAUGGGACGAAUGUAAAAGAAGCAUAUAUUGAUGCCCGUUCACGAACACCGAAUUCUGUACUCUUAUCUCCAAGGGAACUGGAGCUUGCAACGGUGACAGCGGUAGCGGAGUUAUUCGCAAUAGCGACAAAACAAUUGUCGGUUUAGUUUCUCGUGGAGUACCAUGCGCUCGAGGUUUUCCGGAUGUAUUCACCAAUGUUUGCAAAUAUGUCGAUUGGAUCAAGGCUAAUGGCUGUUAAUGAAUGUAACUCAAUGAUAACAAUCCUAUCCCCUACACACAAAUGCACCAGCACACCACAUGUAUCGCCAUAUAUCCUUAACACUUAAUAAAGUUCACUCAGCAAAUA